AUGGGACGGCCUCGCCGACCAAAGCAGCAGCUUCAGUCACCCUUUCUUUCACUUCCUCCCGAGCUUCGAAACAAAAUCUACCGUUACGCCUUAGUUCGUGAGGAUCCAAUCGAUCUAUGGCCUCACAGAUGGACCAUCCCCAUCGCUGCAGAGGAUUCUAAACCUACGCCACUUAAUCUCAAGGUUCGUCAUCAAGAGGGCCUGAAUCAUGUCCGAAAAGAGAUGGCUGUUGGACUUUUAGGCACCUGCAGCCAGAUGUACAGAGAAGCAGCUCUAAUGUUCUGGGGGGAGAACCGAUGGAGAUUCUCAGGAAGGAGUGGAUGGCAAGGCCUUCUUCGCUUUUUCCUUACAAUUGGACCUCAUGCCCGCCAACGCAUCCGCAAGCUGGACGUGCAUGCACCUAUAUACAUGCGAUGGCCUGUUAAAGAUUCCGACAACAAGGACUUGAACGGCAGAUCGAAGAACUUGCCCAAAAUGCAUAUGGUGAAGAUUCCAGAAGAAGGUCAUCUUGAUAGGAUGGCGAUACAGCGAGGCUGUGCUCUACUUGAGCAGGAUCGAACGGUCGACGAGAUGAACUUCAUCAUUCCAGACGGCUUUCGCAAUGGGGACGAGGACGAGUUCGGAGGCUACGACCUAGAUCAUGAUUUGGAGUCAGAAUCUCAUGACCGGUUACUUCGCGUUCAGGGGCUUGACUUUAUUAAGAAGACUAUCGUCGUAGAAAAAGGCGGCUAUCUAGCAGUAGACGACGGGCCGGCACAGAUCAUGGCAGAAGGUUGGGAUGUAGUGUGCCUUCCAGGAAGUUUCAUAUGGGAGAAAGGAGAAGAAGACAAAGGUGGGAAUAGCGACUAUCAGAAACAAGAGAACACACGCCUACGCAAAUGGCACUCUCCGGCAAGACAAUGGGAUUAUCUGGAAGGAGUCAAGUACCUAUUCGAGGAGACUGAAAUAUCUAUCCAUGCAAAUGGUGGCAGACAAAAACAGAAGGAGCCAUCACUGAGUCGAAGCCUAACAGCGUUUGGAGGCUGUCUCUUCAUCGAAGACGAAGGGAUCAUCAUACGUCUACAGGAGCCCACACCACUGGAAAGGUGA